AUGAAUAACUUCGAGGGAGUCAUACCUCCAUCGAUUCAGAUGAAAUCUUCACUUUUCCCAUCAAUAGUAAACUUAGUCAGAAACAAACUUCAAGGCCCUAUCCCUACUCAGCUCGAGAAUGUUAAUGUCAUCAAUUUAUCACUUAACAAUUUCGUAGGCUCAAUUCCAGCACAGGUGGGAGAAAUUCCAGCAAUCAGGUCCAUAUCAUUAUCCGGAAACAAAAUUGACGGUCCAAUACCUGAAUCAUUUUGCCAAUCAACUAAUGUUCUACAGGUUCUUCAGCUCUCUAAUAAUAGCUUGUCGGGCAUCAUUCCACGCAGUUUGGGGAACUGCAAGUCUCUGAUUUACCUUAAUCUUGGACAAAACAAGCUCACUGGAAGUGUUCCGGAAGAACUUGAACGUGUUACAAGCCUUCGUUGCCUUGACCUGAAUGGAAAUGAGUUUGAAGGUUCUUUUCCGACAGUGAUUGAGAAGUUUCAAGAACUGGAGAUCCUGAAUUUGGCAGGCAAUAGAUUUAAAGGAAGGAUACCAAAGUUCAUCGGUGACCUAAACCACCUUCGUAUCCUUGUGCUUGCAUCAAACUCAUUCAAUGAAUCUAUACCAGAAGGGGUAAUGAAGUUGGAAAAUCUACAAUUUAUUACUUUGUCCAGGAACAAACUAUCCGGUCCGAUUCCUGAGAAGCUUGAAGGAUUGAAAAAGAUGACGAAAACACAAAACCAAACAACCAUCUUAGGUUAUUAUUACUCCCUCAAGUUCACCGGUGCUCAGUUAGAAAUAGUCACCAAAGGACAGACGCGAUUUCUUGUGUCAGUGUAUUCCUACAACACUGGAUUCGAUGUCUCAAGUUAUGCUCUUACCGGUAAAAUCCCUGAGAAAAUCGGCCUUUUAAAUGGAAUCCCGUUCCUGAAUCUCUCACAUAAUAAUCUUACCGGGCUGAUCCCAAAGACUAUUGGCGAGAUGAUUUCACUUGAGUCAUUGGAUCUCAGUUACAACCAAUUAACAGGUGAAAUUCCAGUGACAUCGGCAACGUUGGAUUUUCUCGCGUAUCUUAACUUGUCUUAUAACAAUUUGAGCGGACGGAUUCCUACCCAUCCACAUUUUGACACUCUACAUCCAGACGGAACAGCAUAUAUCGGAAACAGAUACUUAUGUGGUUCUCCUGAUGGGAUGAACUGCAGUAAAAUUGGACACUCUACCACCGAAACAACAGAGAACAGAUACGACCAAGAAAAUCUCCUUUUUAUUGUAGUAAUAUUCUCGGGCUUUGUAACAGGAAUAUCCAGCGUAUUUCUGCUGUUAUAUUUGAUAGAUUUCAACUGGAGGAACAGGUAUUGGAGGGCAGUAGACAAAAUUGUGUUGAAAAUAGUGAACUGUAAACCAUGA